AUGGCCACCCCCUCUGCUCUUCUACUGUGUAUGUUCUCCAUCUCUUCACUUUCUCAACCAUCUUUCGCCGGAUACACCACCGGAUUCCGACUAAAACUUAUCCAUCGUAACUCCCUUCCAUUUUAUUCCCCAAAUGCAACUAAGUAUGAUCGAGCCAUGCUCGCGAUCGACGGCUCAUUUGGACGCCUCAACCAUUUCCACUCGAUUCUAACAGGAAAAUCCCUUUCGAGGAGAUCUUCACCAUCGAAGCUUCGAUCGACUGUCACGAGUAUGCCCCCAGAGUAUCUUAUGACUGUUGGGAUUGGGACUCCAGUUUUGAAAUACCAAAUGAUCAUGGACACUGGGAGUGAUGUCGUGUGGAUGCAGUGCCUACCCUGCCCCCAAUGCUUUCGGCAGAGUGCUCCAAUUUUCGAUCCCACCAAGUCGUCGACAUACCAAAAACUUGAGUGCUCGUCUCCGCUGUGCAAAGGCACGAACACCCAUUGCGACGCAGGAUGCUCUUACAAGGCCACUUAUGAGGACGGUUCGAGCACCAUUGGCACAUUCUCCUCUGAAACCUUCACUUUUGAAGAGACUAAAACCAGUGCAAUGACCAACACUAGUGAUAUUACCAGUAUCAGUCCCAGGAUUGGAAUGGGUACUGGUGAAUCAACCUCAAUUCAGGGAAUUGGCUUUGGAUGUGGGCAUCAAAAUACUAUGUCCCAUAAUGGAGGUGCUGGGAUUGUAGGGCUCGGGGGCGGGCCCCUCUCCCUUAUUAGCCAAUUGGGUAGCUCUGUAAACAACAAAUUCUCCUAUUGCCUUGCAUCAAGUGGCACAAGCAUGUUAAAUUUUGGUGCACAUGCCGAGGUUCCAGCUGCUACUGCCAAGUCUACCCCAAUUUUCCGGUUGCCGAAUAACCCGACUUUCCACAUUUUGGAUCUCAAAGAUGUGAUGGUCGGAUCUACUAGUGUUGGCAUCCCACCGGGAACAUUUGAUCCUACAGUUUCUGGUAAAGGCUUCAUUAUAGAUUCCGGCACCACAAUGAUUCUCCUAGCCCAAGUUGCAUACGAUAAGGUGGUCGGAAAAUUGCGAGAAGCCAUUACACUACCGAAAGCAGACAUCCCAUUUCAAACACUUGAGCUAUGCUACACAGUGAAUUCACCUGGCGAUCUCACCGGUGUUCCGGAAGUUACAUUCCAAUUUUCCGGCAAUGCAGACUGGAAACUAGGCCCUGACAAUUUGUUUUUGGAGAUUCAAAAAGGGCAGGUUUGUGUGGCCAUUGCAGCAUCUAAUUCUUUGUCAGUCUUUGGUAACCUAGCUCAACGUAACAUGAUCGUGGAGUAUGACUUGGGGAUGGAGAAGUUAUCUUUUGCUCCUGCGAAUUGCAAUGCCGUUUAA